CCUGCCCUCAACACACACCCCAUCCGCCGCUUGCACGAUCACACGCGGGGCCAGCCCAGGCCAGCCCAGGCCAUCUUGGUCUUGUCUCAUCUCAGCCAAGCAGGUGGCUGUGUCAUGACCUCCCUCUUCUUCUUGACCGGCCCGCCACCCGCACGCUCACCCUGCUCAUGCUGCUGCUGCUGCUGGAAAAACCUGUGUCACACACAGACACACACACUCGUGCACAAUCGGAUCUCAUCCGCAGCCACUACUCUGCCUGCCUGCCUGCCUGCCUGUCUGAUCGUGUGGUUUCUCUCUCACUUGAUGUGGGCGUUGGUCUGUAGUCGUCCGAAUUCGCCAUUGUUUCUUUUGUACGCCGCGACGAUCCUGCACACACAUACAGCACCAAGCCGACCACGCAGCAGAGGGAAGACACGCAAGCAGACGACCAUCCAUCAAAAGGCAGCUGGCUAUGUGUCAGUUAGUUGCAUCAAGUCAAUCGGCCAGAAGCGACGGCAGUACCGAAGUGGCCUUCCCAUAAAUUUCUGCUCGUCCAGCUGCGACAAAAAGCACAGAGUAUUGGAGUGCAAGUCCAGGAGCGCAACGACCUCCAUCGAGUGGAGUGAGUGUGUGUACCUCCAGUGCCUGCCUCAAAGCCUUAAACCAGACACACCAACAGGACAACACACGUGCGAUGCGAUCAGUCACCACGGGGCAGCCACGUGCCACAUACACGUCCGUGUACGCACGAAUGCAGCAAGGUGCGCGUCUCUCUCCUCUCUGACUCCCCUCCCCUCCCUCCCCUGCCCUCCCCUCCCACCGCAUGCCCUCCCUACUUGGUAAGUACGGAACUCAACGUAUGCCCGCCCCUUGUGGUCCGCUUUGGCGAACUUGGGGUUGGACGGCACAGAUGAAGUGUUGGACUGGUGCGGGUCGGGCACGAUGCUCAGGAUGGGACCGCAGGACUGGAAGAACACCUUCAGGUCCUCAAGUCUCGCGUCAAACGAGAUGUUGCUCACGAAGGCGAACCGCACUUGGUCCAGCUCGUCUUUAUCGCCCGACGCCGCAGCUGGCGUCUUGUCGUUGUUGUCGUGGGCGUCGACUUCAUCCUCCUCUGGCUGAGAGUCCUCGUCCCCGUACAGCUCUUCGUCGUCCUCAUCCUGCAGGUGAGCCAGCGAGGGAAGCAGAGAUCACACACAAACGUAUCGGUGACUCCUUCUGAUUGCUUCUGACUGUCCUCUCUUCUGGUGGUGUUGACACACGUACCAUCCAGGCGAAGUGUUUGCGCUUCUUGCUCUGGUCCUCGAUCUCUGGCUGAUUCUCCUCGUUGCUCACGUCCUUCUUGGGCUCAUCCUCCUGACACCACGAACUCACCACGCCAAUACAUCCAUGCCCGUCUUCACUACUCAUGCCUGUGUGUCUGUGGCUGACCUCUUGCCCCGCCUCUGCGUUCUCCCCGGCGUCAUUAGCGGCAUCGUCGGCCACAUCCUCAUCGGCCGCCAGCCUCUCGAGCUCCUCCUUCUCUUCCUUUGUCGGCGACGCUUGGGGAUCCUUUUCCUCUUCCAGUUCCAGCUGCCACCUCUUCUUGGCCGGCUUGUGCUCGCGCUUAGGACCCAGCAUACUGUCCUCCUCCUCCCUUCUGAGCUAAGCUUGCAG